ACAGCUUAUUUUGGGGACCGGCUGUGUUUCUGUCAGCUCAGCUCGAACCUGAUCGGUUAAAAUCAUCAAUAUGUUUAUUGGCAAUAAUUUUAUUUUGCGUAUCGGAGCGGAAACAUAAACCAUGUCAGUUCCGCCGCCAGAGAGAACCGCUCCAUGUUGGUCCGCCAGCUGAGCUCCUCCUUCCUCCCCGUCAGCCGUCCUGCUCUGCUCCGGGCUGGCUUCAGGAGCACCAGCGCCGCCUCCUCCUCCUCCUCCUCCUCCUCCUGCUGGCACCUCCCUCUCACUCCUCACCCAUGCUGGUCGGUGAGGAGAUUCCCCCCCUGGCCUCCGCAUCGCCUCCCCGCCUCCUCCCAGCCGACCCGUCGCCUCCUCUCCGGUAGGACGGUGCAAAAUCUGAACCUCCCGCCCGCUGACUUUUCCGGUAGCUGGCGUCGGUUCCACGCCUCCGCCGGCCUCAUGGAGCACCGGGACCGGGACAGAGGGCCUCCGCACAAACGCUGGAAGAGCACGGAGGAGAAGAGGAGCAUCGUGGAGACGGAAGGGUGCCGAGGAGGAGGCGCAUCAGCGGGGGCCAAUCAGGGCGACCCCAGGAGGGAGCAACAACAACAACACGACGCCGCCACCACGCCGAACCACUGGAGCAAAAAAACAAGGAAAGCUAGAGAGGGGGAGCGCGGCGUCAGCAGGGACAAAGACAGGGAGAGGAGCGGCAGCGGGAGCAGAGGAGCUCCACCCAAACUGAAAGACAGCGGCGGGCGAGACGGGACCCCAGACGGAGGGAGGAGCGUCCAGGAGCCGGCGGGCCGCAAAGAGUCGCCGCCCGCCGGACAGAGUCACAGCCCCAAGACGCCAAAACCCCCAGACGUCAACCCCUGGUUCAAAGGCAGGGCCCCACAGGAGCAGGGAGGGCCCGGGACGGAGCCGCGGCCCCGGGCCCCCAACCCCUGGGUGACCGCUGGAGCCUGGAGGCAGCCGGCGCCCCCUGCUGGAGGCUCCCUCCCUCUGAGAGCACAGUGGCCUCUCAAAACAAGCAGGCCCCUGCGGAGACGCUGGGAAGCCUCUCCCUCCUGCAGUGCCGACCUCCAGCCACCGGGGGUCAGCGCCGCCUUCGACUUCUCGGUGCUGUCCUACAACAUCCUGUCCCAGGAGCUGCUGCAGGACAACGCCUACCUGUACCGCCACUGCGACCCGGCCGUGCUGCCCUGGGACUACAGACUGCCCCACCUGCUGGCCGAGAUCCAGCACUACAACGCCGACAUCGUCUGUCUCCAGGAGGUCCAGGAGAACCACUACGAGACCCAGAUCAAACCGGCUCUGGAGGCCCUGGGCUACCAGUGUGAAUACAAAAAGCGCACAGGGAAGAAACCGGACGGCUGUGCGAUCGUGUUCAAAACGUCCCGCCUCUCGCUCGUCUCCUCCAAUCCCGUGGAGUUCUUCCGUCCCGGCGACGCCCUCCUGGACCGGGACAACGUGGGGUUGGUUCUGAUGCUGCGGCCCGACGCCGCCGCCGCCGCCGGCCGGGCCGAGCCCUCCGCCCUCGUGUGUGUCGCCAACACGCACCUCCUGUACAACCCCCGCCGCGGCGACGUCAAGCUGGCGCAGCUGGCCAUCCUAUUGGCCGAGAUCAACCGGCUGUCCCGCCUCCCGGACGGCUCGGCCAAUCCGGUGGUGAUGUGCGGGGAUUUUAACUCCACCCCCUGGAGCCCGCUCUACAGCUUCCUGACCACGGGCUGCCUGCAGUACAGAGGGCUGCCCAUAGGCCAGGUGUCGGGGCAGGAGAGCAGUCCCAGAGGUCAGCGUGUCCUCACGGCUCCCAUCUGGUCCAGCAAACUGGGAAUCGACCAGCGUUGCCAGUAUGAGAGCAGCAGAGGGACGGAGGCUCCCAGCGGCAGGAGCACAGGGGUGGAGGUUGCCAUCUCUGAUCUAACGGUAGAGGAGCUCGCCACCAAGCCUGCUGCUGCUCUCCACAGCCCCAGGAUCGAGCACAGUGUGAAGCUGCAGUCGUCGUACCAACACCUCCUGAUGCAUGAUGGGAGACCUGAGAUCACCACCUGUCACUCUCGCACGGCCAUGACGGUGGAUUACAUCCUGUACACACCCGACUCCCCCACUUCCUCCUCGCUCCCUGGUGGGCGGGGCCUGGAGCUGCUGGGCCGGCUGUCAUUGGUCGGCAUGUCGGAGCUGGAGGAGGUCAACGGUCUGCCCAAUCAGCAUCACUCGUCCGACCACCUGCCGCUGCUCGCUCGCUUCCGGCUGCAGCGCUGACCUGGGGUCGCCACGGCAACACGGGGCGGCCAAUCGGUCGCAGCGGGGCAUUUGAGAUGUCCGAUACCAGCAGCACACACACACACACACACACAGAGAGAGACUGCCAGGCCCCUAAAAGUAUCAGCAGUCGGACUUAACCCCUCACUGCUGGGACGUCCCGCUGGUGGAUCGGGACGCCGGGACGCCGGGACGCCCCCCCGUCUCUGAGGCUGCGGCGGCUCGGGGAACUGAUGUCCAGAUUUCUGUUCAGCUAAAUUUUGAUGAGGGAAAAUAUUUCAUUUCUGUUUCCAGCCUCUUGACCUCUGACCUUUAGAUGUCUUUUGGUUCAAUGGAGUGAAAAAAAUAAAUAAAUAAAAAUGUUGAGAAGCUACAAAAGCAGAGGGUUAGCAGACGGCUCCGGGCUUCCUGCUCCGACCCGAUCUGAAUAAUCACACAUCUUCAUUUUCCUGUUAUUACUUAAUGAAGGAUCUUUAAAAUAUCACAACCAUGUCGUUUGUUCAUCAAACUAAGACUCAUAAUGUUAGUGAAAACAGUUUUCAUGCUGACUCGGCGUUAAAUCCGUAACCCUGCAUCUCCGAGCAGCUCCUACAGAUGUGAUGAGAAACAUUUUUCAUUUAUUUAUUUUUUUUUUAUAUUCAUGAUAACACAGAUUCAUAGAUAGUUUAAAUUUGGUUCCUGAUUUUCGCCUCGACGCUGAGAGGUUCUUGAUUUCUCCUCCUGUGGUGUGUGGAUGUUUACAGAAGCUCGCUGGCUCUCCUCUCUGAUUUCCUGCUGGAUGUACAUUUGUAAAUUUGAAGGGAAGAAUUUUAAAGGUUUUUUUUUUUGUUUUUAAAUUUUUGAACAUGAACAGUUGAACUUGAAGUGAACGUGCUGCUGAUGAGGGAGACAGGCUCUCUGGCUGUGAUACAGACAGAAAACAACUAACAUCAUUUAUUUAACUGUUUUUUUGGGGGGUUUUUGGCUCAAAACCUUCAGGAGAGCGACAUCUGGGCAUUUGUGGCCACACAGCAACUGUUUACACGGGAAAACAACACAUGGCUAAGCUUAUUUUUAAUAACUACAAAAAAUAACCUUAAACAUUUGUAGGGAGUAAAAAAAAAAAAAAUCUCGACUAGUUUCAGUUGUGGAGUCUUUUCUUGGUGAUUUCUGGACAGAUUUCAGCGUUGACCCUGUCACUGCCUUGUACAUGUAUGUAUAUUUUAUUAAGAUUUUUUUUAAAUAUCAUCCACGGUGCCAAACAAGAUGAAACGAACAUGUGAAGGACAAAAAGUACAACAGGAAAGUGUUUUUUCUUGCUGAAAACAGAUAUUGUAUAAUUUGGGAUACGAACACGGCCAGCGAUUCAUAAUUUUAGUUCAUUUUUACCGUGUGGAAUAAGAGCAGAGAUCAGAUCCAAAACCUUGAGAUGUUCACGUCUGAGGGACGGGGGAUAACGUCUGUACAAGCUGUCACUCAAGUUUAGUUUUCUUUUUUAAAAAAAACCAAUAAUGAUAUUCAAAGUUUUGUGCUGUAAUUUUUCAAACAGGCCUUAAUAUCAUCAUUGUUCAUGAGAACUGAGGGAGGAGGAAGUUUCUAAUAUACAUUUGACUGUAACAAAAUAGAGAUUCUCCACUAGACACCUGAGGGUUUUAUUUUCCAUCUGGAGCAGAAGAUCAGCUCUGGACUGGAGUGGGAAGACAGUUUCUGAUCAUUGGCUUUGGAUCUGCACUGUCUGUAAAUAAAGUUGUUGUUUUUUUGUAACAUGA